ACUGAAUUUAGAGUCUGUGUUGAUGGUCCUGAUGGAGUUUUCAACGUUAACAUGAAUCCAGACACUCUCAUUCUUGGACAAAACGUAACUUUUUAUAUUUUUGCGACUGUAACUGGUGAUGCUGGGGAUGAUGGAUCGCUUACAGUGGAUUUUUUCGAUGAAGAUGAUGGUCGUUUAUUACGUCGUAAAUCAUUUGAUCUUCCUUCGGGCAUUAAAGCUAACGAAGCAUUUAAUG